UUGAUGGCUUCAAGAGGUAUUCCGCAGGAUACGGGCGCUCUAAUGUCAGCAGUGCUGGAAGGCAUUUUAUAUGGCUUUUCAGUACUCAUGUUUAUAGGUACCAUCUGGGCUUUGGCCUACAAAAAGCGCAUGCAGAACGUCAGUCGCCCAAUCACCGUGGUGGCCAUCCUGCUGUUGGUAGUGAGUACCGUGCAUAUGGUCGUGACCAUAAUUCGUGUCGAAGAUGGACUGGUGAAAUAUCGCGACACGUACCCAGGCGGGCCAGCAGCAUAUUUUGCAGACCUUACGCAACAAACGUAUGUGAUCAAGCAUGCGUUAUACAUCUUGCAAACCCUACUUGCUGAUGGCGUAUUGACAUAUCGCUGCUAUGUUGUUUGGCAAUCUGUCCGGGUUAUCAUCCUACCAACGCUGCUAUGGUGUAGUGUCGCAGUGACUGGAAUUCAUGCGGUCUAUAGCGUUUCCCAAGCCAGUAGUAAUCCCUUAGACGUCUUCGCCCCAGAUCUUACGAAGUGGAUCACGGCAUUCUUUGCCUCGACUAUCACAACUAACUUGUUGACUUCAGGAUUACUGGCAUAUCGCAUCUGGAUGAUCGAACGUAAUGUCUACAAAGCGCGUGCUACAAUAGGUCCCAUGAUGCCAAUAGUGCGCAUGCUUGUGGAUGCCGCUGUUUUGUACUCUGUGGUGCUCUUCAGUCUCUUAAUCUGUUUCGUCUGCUCGAACAACGGAGAGUCUGUUUUGACGGACUUGGUCGUGCCGAUCAUAUCGAUUACCUUCUACAUGGUGCUUAUCCGCAUCGCAAUCAACAGAAAAAAUCACGAUCACCUGUCGACAAUCUCGGCUCUCCAUAGAGGGACUACCGAAGGCAGGGAACAGGAAAACUUGCAGCAAUACCCUAUGAAGCCCUUGCAAGUCCAUAUAUCCCAAUUUACGCAGGACGACAGUACAUCAGCUUACAGAGUAGGGAAUGAAGACCGACAACCAUCGAGAUACAAGGCGUAGGAUAUGUAAAGGACACCUUGAAUGCUAUUGACUUCGCGUGUUUCUAAUUUCACAUGUCUUCGUGUUCUAUUGUAGAUAUCGCACCUGUGGGUUCCCAUGACACGUCUGGGACUACAUGAUGGAGAGAGUCGGGAUCGUUGAGAGCAGGGUUAUACGUACACAUAUAGAUCAUCUUCGCACCCAAUGA